GCCGCCGCCGCCGCCCGGGUCCGCCCGGGUCCGCCCGGGUCCGCCCUGCCCGCCUCCCCGGGGUCCUGCUUCCGAGGUUGCGAGCGGAGGCAACUCCGCCGGCGCUGGAAACUCUCCGGAGCCAGACGACGAGCUCCUAAGAGACCCAGGGGGCAGACCAAGGCUACAGCAUCUGGAACAACUGGCUUUCUCCAUCACCAUGGCACCAUGGCAGUUGAACAGCCUGGAGAGUCUGUUUUUCAGUCCAGAAGUGGCCUGCAUUAUUCUCACUUGCAACCAAUAGUCAGAACUAGUCACAAGGCCUUAACUAUUACUAUGGGCAUAGAAAGUGAAGGAGAGCAUGUGGAUAUUCAGCGAGCAGCAAGUAUCCUUACUCCAGAGGCAAUCCCAGAUCUUUCUGACUAUAGAAUGGACCAUCUCUCUGGGGAAUGUGACUUCUCAGUGGCUCUGCACAAAAUUCAGGAGCACCAUGAACUCUUAACUCUGUCCCCUAGGGGUAUAGGAUUGAAAACCAACAAUCAGCAUUUUGCCCAACUGGUCAGAGCAGCCUUCUACCACCUGUUAGCAUCUGUUGGACACACGGGACUCCCUUUCAUGUCAAUGUUGAGAACACAACCAAACAUUGGUGAGAAUAAAAUCUUUCCCAGAGAUUCCAAGCCACUUGAGGAAGAGAUGGUGAAGAGAAGGAAAAGAGCGUGGCUCGACCUGAUGGUCCCAGAUGGCUGUUUGAGCUUCCAGGCUGUGAGGAGGAGGAAGGGGGACAUCUUAUUGCCUGAUGAGAUGGUGAACUCCUACUUAUCGCUUCUUAAGUUGGUGUCAGGACAAUUCAGAUCUACUUCCCACCAUGCCUUCUCUUCCUGGUGAUUGACCUGGAUGGGUGAAUCCACAUGGUCCCUGACCCGUGGCUUCUGGUUGGAGUUGUCCCGUGGCGAAUACUGGCAGAAGAUUGUGAUGAUACUGUGUAUUUGCUGGGUUUACCCUAGUCUGGACUUGACUCUACCCACACAAGAAAUUGGAGAAAACCUUCACACUGGCUAUUUCCCAUCAUGAAGAGAAUCUUUAAAAAUAGAUUUUGUGGAAUUUAGUCUCUUAAAAGUUAAUUUGACUGAACCUGUGUGCCAUGGAUAAAACCUCAGAAAUGUAAUAUGCAUUUGCUUGGUGACAUUGAAAUAUCUACUGUUUUGGUUAGCACAGAUUAAACUGUGAUUCUUUUGAAA